AGCGCCUGAUCGCCGCGGCCGGGAGCCGAGCCCACCCCCCUCCCCAGCCCCCAACCCUGGCCGCGGGGGCGGCGCACUCCAUCUACGCGUCCGGGGCCCCGCGGGGCCGGGCCCGGAGUCGGCAUGAAUCGCUGCUGGGCGCUCUUUCUCUCUCUCUGCUGCUACCUGCGUCUGGUCAGCGCCGAGGGGGACCCCAUUCCUGAGGAGUUGUAUGAGAUGUUGAGUGGACAUUCGAUUCGCUCCUUCGAUGACCUCCAGCGCCUGCUGCACGGAGACCCCGGAGAUGAGGAUGGGGCUGAGCUGGAGCUGAACGUGACGGGAGGCGAGCUGGAGCACCUGCCACGUGGCCGAAGGAGCCUAGGCCCCUCAACCACCACCACUGCUGCCGAACCAGCCGUGAUUGCCGAGUGCAAGACGCGCAUCGAGGUGUUCGAGAUCUCCCGACGCCUCAUUGACCGCACCAACGCCAACUUCCUGGUGUGGCCGCCCUGCGUGGAGGUGCAGCGGUGCUCCGGCUGCUGCAACAACCACCGCGUGCAGUGCCGGCCCACCCAGGUGCAACUGCGGCACGUCCAGGUGCGAAAGAUUGAGAUCGUGCGGAAGAAGCCCCUCUUCAAGAAGGUCACAGUGACCCUGGAAGACCACCUGGCCUGCAAGUGUGAGAUAGUGGCCUCCCUCCGCUCCACGACCCGCGGCCCCGGGGCUUCCCAGGAGCAGCGAGCCAAAACACCGCAGACCCGGGUGACCAUCCGAACGGUGCGCGUCCGCCGGCCGCCCAAGGGGAAGCACCGUAAGUUCAAGCACACGCCCGACAAGAAGGAGCUGAAGGAGACCCUUGGGGCCUAGGGGCGUUGGCUGGAGAGUGUGGGCAGGGUUAUUUAAUAUGGUAUUUGCUGUAUUGCCCCCAUGGGGUCCUUGGAGUGAUAAUGUCCCCCUCGUCCGUCUGUCUCGAUGCCUGAUUCGGACGGCCAUGGUGCUUCUCCCACUCUCCACGCGAUCGUCCACCCUCCCCAGCCGGUCCACUCUUGCAGCGGACGCUGCAUCUUUCCCAGCAACCCGAGGAGGAGAAGGAGGCAUCGGCAGCGGUGGAGGACUGAGCCACAGUGCGUGGCAUUCCUGAACAGCAGGAACACGAGACACUGAUGGGGCAACGGCAUCCUGCCCCACCACAGGCCGGUCCCAGGACCUCUCCGCCAGGCCUGCUUGUCUCCCGGACCCCCUAGCCAUCUCAGAGGGCCCCCUCAGGGCAGGUGUGGCUAAAGUGACAGACUGUAGGAGUCCCUGCUGCUGCCCCGUCUGGCAGCCCUGGCCUGCUGCACCCAGCACAGGGAGAAAUCUUGGAAGACAUGGACUCCUGCGUGGGCACAGCCAGAGCUCCCCACUGCCGGCUCCUGGCGGGUUGGAGAGGGAGUCUGCCCUUGGGGCGGACGCUGGCGGCAUCCUAGACAGACCCCUCGCCUCCCCAUGCCUCCCUCCCCGCUCCCUCAUCUCCCUCCUCCUCCUGCUUCUGUUCACCGAGCGUCUUCCUCUGUUCCGGCCCUCCAGUGGCCUCUCCUCAGGGGCUCCGCCCAGGCUGUGAGGUGAAGUUGCACAGACAUGGACCACACCUUCCGGCGUUUGCUAGGCCCACCUGGUCACCGCCAGAUGCGGUUGAGGCAGCCUGAUUCACGCAGGCAUGCUGGGGAGUGGCCCUGCCCCUGGCACGGUCCGACCCACGGGGAGGGCCAAGGAGAUCGCAGCCUUGUUCAUCUCACUCAUGGCACACGCCCCCUUCAAGAAGGUGUGAGAAACCCAGGAGGGCGUCUGGAGGAGGCAGCCCUUCUCAUCUGCCCACGCCUGCUUGCAUUCUCCCCCUCCUUACGUCGUUUCCAGCCCCUCCCCUCACUCUGGUAUCUCCUCCCAGGAAAAGCGGGAGGGGGAGAGAAAAGGACCAGACCCUUGGGACCCCUAGGGGUGGGGUCUGUGUUCCCACCCCCUCCUGCCUCCCCAUAGCACUUUGCCCCGCCCACUCCCCAAUCUGCUUCCUUCAGUUUGUAAAGUCGGUGAUUAUAUUUUUUGGGGGCCUUUCUUUUAUUUUUUAAAUGUAAAAUUUAUUUAUAUUCCAUAUUUAAAGUUGUAAAAAAAAAUAACCACAAAACAAAACCAAGUGCUCUGGCCCCAAGUCUGUCUGUGGAUGUCUUGCGGGACAGGAUGACUCACCCGG